CGUCCUGGGCGUGGACAUGCAAAUCCAGUUUGAAAAAGACGGCGGGAAAUCUGAGUUUCGCGGGAGGACCUUCGCGCGUAAACCGCAUCCCUUCAUUCAUUGUCAGCUUCCUGGAGCCAUUUUUCAGCCGCGGCGGUGGCAGGGAGGUCGAAGCGGGGCCCUAUCACUUCCAGCCGUGCAAUCCGCUUGCAUCUGCCCCCUCCGGUGCCCGAUUACCCUCAGAUAAGCUCACCCCAUGCACCGAGGGGGUAAUUUCUAACUGCAUCUGCCACUAUUUCCAGGCUACAGGCCCGGGGCCGUACGGAUUCCAGGGAUAGGAAGGAGGAACCCGAGUCUUCCCGGGAACGGCGAGCGGGAGAAGGCUGCUGUCACUAAGAUGAGGAAAGGAAUCUACUCCGGGCACGACAAGCUGCUGGUAGCCGGGCUCCCAGGCACGGAGAAGGGCUCCGGUCUGCACGGUGGGUUUGUGGCCGGGGGAGGUGCAACCGCUGUAGUGGGCACAGGAAGUGGGGGAUACCUGCAGAUCCUGUCCUCGCCCGGCCCGGUGCACCACCCCCAGCACGGACUUUACGCUCCCGAUCAGCAGCACCAGGCAGCCGCCAGCUUCAUCUACUCUACACCGCACGGACCAGCCGGCAGAGCCGGCCUACUGCAACCAACAGUGGGGCGCCCUCCGGCGAAGCGGCGGCUUGAACUUGGGGAUGGAAGCCAACAGUUUCUUCCUGAAGGGCUAAAAACACCAAAAGGAAAAGGAAGAGCAGCUGUAAUCUGCCCAGAGAGUCCAAAAACUCCAAAGUCUCCUAUGGAAAAGACUCGUUAUGACACUUCACUCGGGCUGUUGACAAAGAAAUUUAUUCAGCUACUCAGCCAGUCCUCUGAUGGAGUUGUGGACCUUAACAGAGCUGCGGAGGUUCUUAAAGUGCAGAAAAGAAGAAUUUAUGAUAUCACCAAUGUAUUAGAAGGUAUUCAUCUCAUAAAGAAGAAAUCCAAAAACAACAUCCAGUGGAUGGGCUGCACGUUGCCUGAUGAUGGAUGCAACAUGGCACGGUGUCAAGGACUAUCCAAGGAGCUAUCAGAACUCAGCCAGGAAGAGAGUAAACUAGACGAAUUGAUACAGAGCUGUACCCUAGACUUGAAACUUCUAACUGAGGAUUCUGAGAACCAAAGGUUGGCCUAUGUAACCUAUCAAGAUAUAAGGAAAAUCAGUGGCCUUAAGGACCAAACAGUUAUUGUUGUGAGAGCUCCCCCUGAAACUAGACUUGAAGUGCCUGAUCCCGUUGAGAGUUUACAGAUACACCUGUCCAGUACUCAAGGGGCUAUUGAAGUGUAUUUAUGCCCUGAGGAAAGUGAAUCCAGUAGUCCAGUGAAGCAAAGCCAUCAGGACCAUAAUGGGAAUCUCUCAAAACCAAACUCCAAAGAUUUACUAUCGCCUAACAUAGAAAACUGUACAAUGGAAGCAAUAUCUCCUUUGACCUCUCCAUCAAACCUCUUGCAGCAAACAGAGGAUCAAAUACCUUUAAGCAUUGACAAUCCUUUUGUGAACUUACUCCCACCCUUAAUCCAUGAGGAUUAUUUACUAAGCCUUGGAGAAGAGGAGGGCAUCAGCGAUCUUUUUGAUGCCUAUGAGUUAGAAAAACUUCCAUCUCUUGAAGACUUCAUGUGCAGUUGACUCAUGUGAUCUUAAGCCCAUGGUUUUGUUCUGUAUGAAUUCUAAGUGGAAUCUUAUCAACUUGCUGGGGUUGCUUACUUGACACCUUAAUCGCCUGUGUCCUUAACGAAGGCAUGAAUUUAAUAAUGCAGCAAUUGCUGCAAAAAGUGCAGUUAUUCCAUUACAUACUACUUGAGGCUAUGCAAAUUCACUGCAUUAGGAUGGUGUGCUGGGAUUGCUAAAGGCACAAAUGAGUAACUUGAAUGAGUUUAGCUUUCUUGGUUCUUUUCCAUUAUUACAUGGCCUGGUUAAGUCAGUAUGUGCCUUCCUGUACAAUACCUUCUCCCCAGUUCUUGUGGAGAAACUCCACAAUAAAUAUGAACUGUCAUUUUUGCAUAUAUGGUGUGCAUUUUUAUUUGAUGUCAGAAGCCAGCCUAACCCUUCCCAAAGGUGAAUUACACAUUGCAUG